UGAAGACGAUUAUAAUAAUCCAUUAUUUUCCUCAGCGCUUUCACAGGAUCGUACUCUUGUUCUUACGUGGGAUAUCGAGACAUAUAGCUCACGAAAAACAGAUGAUCCCAAACCGUUAAAACAAAUAUGUCUUGUUAAUGUUAAAACUGCGCCAGACUCAUGCUUGAUCACAGUUGUAUGUAGGAACCAAACCAAUUUACUGAAAGCAUUUGCAUUAUGUUGGAAAUAUUUAGCUCCAGAUAUACAUAUAGGUUUUAAUGAUUCACAAUAUGACUGGCUAUUUAUUGUGAAGAAGGCGAAAAAGUUAGGCGUUCUCAAAUGGAUGUUUAAUCAUAUGUCACUAAAACCUAUGAGCCUCGAAAAGAUUACAAAAUGGCAAUAUCAAUAUAACAUGAUAAAAGUAAAUGAUGGGAACUUCUAUUCGAGACAUCUUAAAAUUCCUGGAUACGUGGAUAUUGAUGUCCAACCCUUAGAUUUAUCUAUUCAUCACAUGAACAAAUAUUAUGAAAGGGCAUUAAAAGAAACUAAUGUCACAACGGUUGAGCAGAUGCGUGAACAGAAAGGAAUUUUAACCAGUACAAUUCCAUGUGAACAAACGGAAACAGGAAAAUACCCUGGAGCCUAUGUUUUCCCACUGGUAAAGGGUCUCGAAAAUAGACGAUCUCGUGCUGAAUCUUUAAAGGAAAGUGGUAAAAGGCUUCAUGAAAUCAAUUUCAAAUAUAAUGGUCAGGAUGUUCUCGUAUGGUCUAUAGAGCAUGAAAACCAAGCUGAAAUGAAAGGCCUUUAUCCAAAAGUAUUAGAGGAGUUGCUUAUUAAACGAAAUUCUCUAAAAAGACGUCUUGCUCCAUUAAAUGAUAGAAAAGAAGAAUUAGAAAAAGAAAUUAAAUUGGCAGAAGCAAGGGGCGAGAACGUUACAGAUGCUUUAAAAUCUGAAUACUCUUCAGUUUCUUUAUUGAGCUUGUUCCCUUUCUUCUUACGAGCAUUAGCAGUUGGGGUAAUAUCAGCUGGUCAGCGAAAUAUUAAGCUUAUUGCCGAUCUUGUCAGAAGUAAAAGGUUUAGUGUAAAAUACGGGGAUACAGAUUGCUUAUACCUUGCAUGUUCAGAAGAAUGUUUUCAGAAAUGUGAUGAGGCAUAUGACAAUUGUAAUGGGAUCUCGAAUGAAGAAUAUUGGUCUAGAAUGGUGAACAUCUCUAUAGAAGUAAUUGAAAGACUUCGUGAUGAAGUUAAUAACUUUCUCAGAAAUAAUAAUGGAUCAUCUUAUCUCAAAAUGGCGUAUGAGGAAGUCUUAUUUCCACUGGAAAGAAAAAAUACUACGUCUAAAUACUUUCGUGAGGUGAGUAAGAAGGUCAUGGAUGAAUCUAUGAGGCUGGAUAAUACUCGCAUCUUGCAUCGGAUUGUGGAGGACGUGUUCAAAGAGACCAUAAAUGGUAUUUCACAGAUAGAUCUUAAUGAAGUGGUUAAAACUGCUGUAUGGAGGCCUGAUAAAAAUAACAAGAGUGUCCAGCGUUUCAUUUCACAAAUGCGGGAUAGACACACCCAACCAGGUGAGCGUUUUGAGUAUAUUGUAGUUGAAAAUGAUUCUUCACAGAAGUCAUCAUCUGAAAUUGUGCUGGAGGCCUUAAAAAAGUUAAAAGAUG